AUGGGUGCUGGAAACUCUAAGCCUGAGGCUUCGGCUGGCUCACAACAUGUGUUCUCCAGCAACUCUCCCGUCCAAUUCUCCUCAAACCUAGUCGAUGCACUCCAAUCGAACUCAGAGUCCGACUCCACCCGCGCCAAAGCCCUGGAAUUGGAGAUCCAGAACCGCCAGCGACCGCGCCCCUCGCCCCCCUCCACCUCGGGCUACCCAGCCGGCUCAUUGAACCUGGACGCACCGCGGAUCCCCUUCGCCGGCCGCCACCACGACCCCGUUCCUACAGACUCCGCGCCGCAGGAGCCCGCUGCCGCUGCACAGCCUGUCGUUAAGCGCGAUAUCUCGCGCGACUCUGUAGCUGCCGAAAUCGAGCAGCUGCGGAGCAAGCUUGAUGGACGGAGGAAGCUUGUGGAGCUCGAUGAUGGUGUUGCUAAGGCUCGUUCCGAUGUUAUUAGCUGUCUGCAAUUGAAUGACCGCCGGCCGUUGAACUGCUGGGAGGAGGUUGAUGCUUUCAAGCGUGAGGUUGCGCGUAUGGAGGCUGCUUUCGUGGAUCGCAUUGUGGGUUAG